AUGCCUCCCUUAUUCAUUGGCGAGUCGAUGGUGGGUCAAGGUUCUUGGUCUAUGGUUUUUCGUUCGAGUCCCAGACCAGGAGAACUUGCAUUUCGUACAGAGAUAUCUGUUCUACCUUUAGUAAUUGGGCAUCCAAGAAUUAUUGAAUUUGGAGGAGUGAUUGAAGGAGAAGAAUUUAAUGGUCUAUUAUUCAAAGAAUACGCGAAUGGCGAUUUAGCAACAUAUAUUCAACAACGAGGCAUUCAACAAAUCAGUAAAUCUCAGCGAUUGAAAUGGUGUCGACAAACAACAGAAGCUCUUGUGCAUAUUCAUUCUAAGAAUGUUGCCCAUUGUGAUUUAUUACCUGGAAAUUUAUUGUUGGAUGAUAAAUUGGAUCUUUAUUUGGCUGAUUUUGGAAGUGCUUUUUGUGAGGAUAAGGAUAAGGGUAUUGAUGGUGGGAUGAUUCCUGACGCCGGUUUUUUCGAUCCAAAUUUUUGUAAAAUCAGACUCCCAUAUGCGGAUAUUAAAGAUCGACUCAUAUUGAACGAAGAUUCGGAAGAUUAUCAGGAAUUGGUUUUCCACAAAUUACAAAACAGCGAUUUUCCAGAUCUCACAGGAAUCGAUAUCGAAAUUGCGAAGGUUAUUGAUGGGUGUUGGAGUCGAAAAUUUCAAACUACAUCGGAAGUACUAGUAGAGUUACAAUCUGAACUCUAG